CACUGAUUUAGAAGUAGAUGAUUCCAGCUGUAGAUCUCAUUCAUUAAGCAAUGCAAAAUGUAUUUAAAAAGGAAUAUAUUCUAACUAAAUAACGUAUCUGACUAUUUAAUAGUCAAUGUCAACAUUUUUACAUUACAUUAUCCGUAUUUACUUAUCUUCUCAUUAAUCCAAUUAACUGCUGCUUGCGCUCUCUCUUAAGAUCUGUGAUAAAUUUGGAUUUUCAACACUUGUCUGACCUAGAGGGUCACAGGUCUGCUGUCUAAGCGUUUAGUCAGCACUAAGUUUAAACCCCUCCUCUAGCUUUCCACAUCAUCAACCUCCGUCCGUGCUUUCAUACAUUUUUCAUCCAGUUCCCGUUUUGCUGCACGGGCUCGCACUACUUUGCAGGGAGAUUACGUAUUUUGUUCUGGCGGUUAAACCGCACAGCUGUGAAAUGUUGUCGCGCGCAUCUGCGAGUAAAGCAGCAGCCGGAUUGAACUGAGAAGCUUUUCGGCUGCGGUACAAGGAGAUGCAGAAGGUGUCGGGAUAUCCAGGAGAGGUGCCGCUGAGUUAAAAUGGAGCACACCUCUUGCAGGGAGGAUCGUAUCCACCAUGCCCUAGACCGCUGCCUCCACGAUCUCAGCCCCGCCCCCUCCACUGUGCAUUCUGGGAAUGCUGGCCUCUCCAUGAAUCAUUGGAGCUUGGAAGAGUUAGUGAGGAGAGACCCAGAGAACUUCCUCAUUCUCCUGAAACAGAUCCUGAGGAGAGCUAGAGAGGUCCAGGAUCAGUGCCAGUAUGAGCUGGUGACUCCACUUGCCCUCAUGUUCUCUUCCACCCUCCUGCUGACUCCGUUCCUCCCUCCACACUGCCCCCUGCUGACGAGCGCCUGUGAGGUGUUCGGCGGCUUCCUGUGCUGGCCGGAGCCAUACAGCGGUGUGUGUCGAGACCUGCUCAACGUCCUCCGUCUGGAGCUGAGGGCCCCAGGCAUCUCCUACCACAGACUGGUGAGGGAGGAGCAAGGCUUGUCCACAGCUGACCACCGCACUAAAACCAUGACGGUGCUGCUAAUGGACCCGGCUGACGUGCCGCUGGAGUUCCUCUCCGUCUCUGAGCAGUUGAGCAGCAUUCAUCAGACCCCCCAGGAGGUCCACAUCACCCUCAUCAAACACGCCUACCAGGCCGCCCUCGGCACAAAGUACCCUCUGUCCACCCUGCACCACGCCCUGCAGUCUAAGAGCCCCAAGCAGCUGCAGCAGCUCUGUUCUGCUGUGACGGAGGUCCUGGAGACCUGCGCCUUCAUGGAGGAGCCUGAGGAGGCCAGGGGGUGUCUACUGCAGGCCCUGGAGCAGCUCUGUGAGAACAUCGGAGUGCAGGCCUCAGACAGCAGCAAGUCAGAUGGGGUGCUGCAGACACUGGCUUUGCCCAUAGCCAAAUUUCACCUGCACCUCUGGGAUAGCGACAAUUUUGACUCUCUGACUGACUUCCUGGAGAGGGAGUGUUGCCUAGCGACCACCUCUACUCCUCCUGAAGAAGAGGAAGAGGAAGAAGUGGUGGGGGAUGAAGAGGUUGGAGAUGAAAGGCAGGAGAAUGCUAACGAAAUAGAGGAGGAGGAGGAGGAGGAGGAGGAAGCUGCUACAGACAGUUGGGCGGGACACCGAGUCUCCACUCUCUCCACCAUCUCCACCACCUCCAAAGACUCCAUGUUCUCCACCUCGUCAGCUGCCUCGUCCUGCUCUUUGCCGUCGUGGCGGUCCGAGGCAUCUGGGGCCGACAGCGACUUCUGCGAGGACAUGGAGGACAGCGCCCCGGAGAAGCCCGGCCCGCCCCGGCCCCGACUCAGACACCACCUCUCUAAAUUCUUCAAGCCCCGCAGAGAGGGCCGGGGCAGCCGCCUGUCCCGGGCCAAGAGCCUGGGCUCGUCCGAGACCAAGGCCUACGCCGAGAGGCGCUACGCCCGCUUCGCGCGCUCAAACUCCCUGCGGCAGAAGGUGCGGCCGGGGGGAGGGCUUCUCCCCGCCCUGCCCCUCCAGCCGGCCGGUUUCCGGAGGGUUCCGGUGCUGGGCGCCGGGGACGAGCCGGGCUGCGGCUCCACGCUGCGGGUGGUGGUGUUGGGCACCGACCGCGCUGUGGGGAGGAUCGCUAGGGCCUGCGCCCGCCUCUGCUCGCAGGAGAGCACCCUUCCCACCAGGGUCCAGUUCUUCUUCAUCCCCGUGGCGAGGGGGUCCGGUUGUGUCCCGGCCGAGGGUCUCGUUAGCCCUGACAAGCCGCCAGAGAUCUCCCCGAGGGCUGCAGCAAGGACGGACGCAGCCAUGCCCGGCGGUGACAGCGCUAACAACAUCGCACAGUCCAUAGGAAGGCUGGACCCCUGGUACGAGCGCAGCGUGCUGAGCCUGCUCGACCUGCCUGUGGAUGUUCUGUGUCAGCAAACUCCCAAAACGGAGACAGACUCACACAACAGCUCCAGGGAGCACUUACCCAUAUUUGGAGACCUGGUUCUGCACUACUGUCGCCAGGGAAACCGAUCCAUUCUAGUGCAGCUUUACCAAGCUGAGCUGACCUUGGCGGGUGGAGAGAGGCGGACCGAGGUGUUCGUUCACUCCCUGGAGCUGGGCCAUACGGCCGGGACCCGGGCCGUCAAAGCCACGCGUGCAGCCAGCAAGCGCUUUGGGGUUGUUGGAGAUCGGGAGGCUCUCCCAUUAACACUGGAGCUCCUUUACAACAAGGUCACCUUGAGUGGGAGGAGCCAGUGGACUCAAGCUGAUAUAGUUUGCACCUCUAUUAACCUGACCAAAACCUGUAAGAGCCCAGAGGACAUAGGCUCCAGGACACAGCUUCACAUGGCUGUAACUGAAGUGAGGAAGAGACAAUGCUCCAAGUCCAAAAUGGCUUACAACCAGCACCUGUCCACCACCGAGCUGAAAGUGGGACAGGUACAGGUGAGCAGUGCCAGCAGCACCACCUUUGCUGUGUGUCUGGACCAGGAUGAGAAGAAGGUGCUUCAGAGUGUCACCAGGUGUGAGGUGUCUGUGUACUCCAGGCCUGACAGCACCUGUGAGUGGAGGCUCCACACGGACCAAUCAGAUCAGCUCCCUGCCCCUCUCCCCACCGCCUGCCCGCUCGUCUGCCUGCCCCUGGUCACAUUCAGCGGGAUGUGCCCCUGAGACACUCAAAUACACUUCCGAAAAAAACAGUCUGUGGAAUACCACGGAUAACCGUAGGCUUUUUCACUCAAACUCAACCGUGAGAUCACAAAUCAAUUACUGUACUUUCCUCCUGUUGAGAAAGAAGAUCCCUGGAUUUGAUACCGUGAUCUGCUUAUUCAUGCCUGAGGGCUAUUUUUACCCUACAAGGAAAUGGAAUUUUAUUGUCUUUGAUCUACAUUUCAGCACACAUUCUGUAUGGUGUCACAUGAAAGAGAUGUUAUUAAGGUUCAUUCUUAAUAAAAUUAAAAAAAAAACUUUAUUCAGGUUUUUUCUCAAGCCCAUUUUCCUUUCUUAUUCCCCUUUCUCUUGUGUCAGCAGGAACAUUGUACUGAAGUAAUAUAUGAUGCCCUUUUUUUAUGUUCAGGGUUGGGUUCCUGCAUAAAAGGCUAUUUUCCAAGAGAACUGGAGGGCUUUUCUGUUAUGACAUCUUGAUCUUUUCAGAACUGUAAAAGUAAAAAAAAAAUCUUGGUACAUUUUGAUCCUGCGAUUGUACAGGCUGUUUGCACAGGCAGGAAAUGAUUUGCUAUGCAAGGUGGUACGUGUCCAAAGUGGGACAGUGUCUGAAACACCUUUAUGUCCAGUCUGUUUACAGUCAUUUUUGCAGUUUGUGCUUCAACACAGUGUUUAUAAAUGUAAUGUAAAAUAGUGUUGUGUAAUGUCAUGCAACAAAAUACAUUCUACUCAAAACCAACUGCUAAUGAACAAGUAUGAAUAUAUGGAUUUUUAUAUUUAA